UAAUCUCAUUGUUUAUAAAUCUAGAAUUAAGCUUCUUUUAGUAUCGUUUAUCUGUUAAUUCGUAAUAAAUUACACGUUGAUAUAUGACCAGCUUGCUUUACGAUGAAGUAAUUUUUAUCGAACAUGCGAAAUGGCAAAAACAACGCAGGAUCCUGAUCCUUUGGAAGCGGUACCACUCCAGCUGAAUGAACAGUGGAUAUGGAAGGACGAUACAAAUUCCUUGGAACUUAUCAGCAAUAUUUCUGGGUUAUCUUCAACCAAUCAGAGUAAGAAGUCAAUCAAACCAACCACUGGAUAUGCCCAUGAGAAACGCAAUGAUAGAAUAACAUCAAAUUGUAUGACCAAAAAAUAUGGUAUGAAAUUGCAAGCAGUUCCACCAUCGACUGCUAUGAGGGUCUCAUCAGCCAAACCAAGCAUACGUAGUGGUCUACCCACUGCAAUCACAUCAGAACAUAACACCAUCACAAUAAAUGAUAUCAAGACUGUGGCUAAGAAUAAUUGCCUCAAUGACAGAACAAAAGAUUCACCUUUAUUCAAGAAAAAUUAUUUCAAUUCAGCUCAACUAGAUGAUUUCCUUUGGGCAGCAUUGAAUUAUUUUGAUGCUUUCUUCGAGAGAAAGCUGCUGGAGGAAAAGCCAAAACCUAUGGCCGUACAGCCAAGUUUGGCUGAGAAGAAAGCAAUAGCCUUGGUUUUAAACAAGGAAGAGGAAGCGAAAAGAUUUUUUGCUCAAUGCUAUGGAGUAUUGGUACUUGGUUUGGGAUUGAAGGACGCACAUCAUAUGCAUUGUGGAAGAAAACGAAACUCUGCAACACAAAGAGAUCGGGAACUGUAUGAGAAUUUAUACAAUUUUGUUGCAAAUGUGACCUGGAUCACAUUUCGGCAUCCAAACUUAGAUGUUAUAGAAAAGGAAUUGGGAAGGUUGCUGCGAUCUGACACAUUCAAUCCAGCCAUUCGCCCAAAGCAUCCUGAAGAAUAUUUUGGUAAAGACCAUCUGAAGCAGGACCAUAACUUGUCACCACUCACUCCAGCAGAAUACAGAAGGCUGCAACAAAAACGGCCAGCUAUCAAGUCAAUUGUAAAUCAAAGAUCUCCAGUAAUCUCGGCUAUAAUUCCAACAUCGACUGAGGCAGCAAAACAAUGUAAAACACGACAAGAGAUGAACUCUCUCAUAACAAUGGAAUACAAACACACUAUGGAGUUCCCUAAAAGAGUUGGAAUAAUUGGUGAAGCAACAUCAGGAUUUAAUGCUGAGACCUUGAUGCCGUUGGGUGAAGAUCAAGAUAUGAGUCAGGUUGAAAUCAUAUCUGAUGACUGCAGUAUGCAAGAAAUAAAAUCCAGUAAUAUUUUGUUUGGAUCAGCUGAUCAAAAUUUUGUUCCUGAAGGUAAACAAGCGAGGCACCCAGUGGAGUCCUUAUCGGUUGAAUAGGAAUUCACCUACGUUUACAGAAUAUAAUUUAACACUAUAGACUCAAUAAAAUUGAGAGCAUUUUAUACAAUGUAAUUAUUAUACUUUCUAUUUUG